AUGUUCCCUAGACGAAAAACUAUACAAAUAUGAAAAUAAAUAAUUUAAAAAUAGGUUAGGUUAACUAAAUCGAAUAAACUGAUUUAAAAAAUAAUCUACAGUACAGCACUGUAGACCUAAUCUAGUGAGUAGGAAAUAAUGUAAACCCCUCUUCUAGUGUGUCGCGUCGCGUCGCGUAUGAGGCGAAUGAGUUUUAUGGAAGUUGCCAUAGCGCCGCAUCACUUUCAGUCUGCCUCCAUUCCAAUGCAGAGCUCCAGCCUCCUCCUCACUGCGGUACUGUACGUAAGCCGCAUGUCGCACACCCGAAUUAACUAGUUGUUUCCCUUCAACCUCGUCGCGGAUGGAAUAACUGAAUACUGCACUUUCGCCUUUAAAGAGAAAACCACAAAGCAACGCGUUUUGCUUGAGCUGCAGAGGUUCCUUUUUCAUAACCAGCUAUAUCAAGAGAUCUCAACCUGUAUUUCUUGACAUUAGCAUAGCCACGCCUCAAACUGACUGACAUGGGCAUUGAGAGUCAGGGCCCCACCCGCCCUCCAGGAAAUCUGACGCCAAAGCAGGUGAAGACAUUUCAGAAUGUGGAGCCAAAGGCACUGGGGUCCAUUCAGAUCAUUAUUGCUGUCUUGUGCUUGUGUCUGAGCGUCACCAUUCUUCAGCUCUAUGAAGAGGUCCACUUCUCUCCUGAUGUCAUCGUUGUGGUAGUGAUUGUUGCUCAGUUGCUUGUGUCUGGAUCAAUUUUAAUCCAUGCUGGAAGGUUCCCAUCACUCUUUUGGGUGAAAGCCACACUGGUUGCUCACCUGGUCAGUGCAGCGUUUUCCACUGCUGUUCUUGGGCUGCUGUCCCGUCACCUGCCUUACCGUCAGGACACUUACCACUGUGAGCACUGCAGGAGACUGGAGAUCUAUGCUGUGCAACAAUAUUGUUUCAGGAAGUGCACUUAUACUGUCGAGAGAAAUUGUAAACUCUUGAUUGAUGGCUUCUUGGCCACCUUGGUUCUGUUUCUGGUGGUGGAGUUGGCGAUCUGUAUUGUAACCAUUUUGUUUGGACUCAGUGCUCUGGCUAAAGCUGGCAUGAAGCUUCCUGGUUUUAGACAGCGUGAAGCUCCAUCUCAGUCUGAGGCGGUCACCCCUAGCCAACCUCAGGUGGAGGUGGUGGUCUCAGAGGUGGAGCCAAUGCCAGAGCGCAUGCCUGAACCUCUAUCUGAGCCAAUAGAAGAAAUCCCCAGUCCUCCCACUGAACCUCAAGUGGCCCCCAUUGACUCUUUAACAGACGUUUGACACUUCGUGCUCAUGUGAUCUGUAUGUAUAUUGUAAGUAGGGGGGCUUUGGUGAUCAGUGAGGUUUUAGCAGCAAUGGUUUUUAUAUUUUAGUGGUAUAUGAAAUCGACACGAUAGGGCUUUACGAUAUGUCAUUAUACUUAAAGGGAAGGUUCAACCAAAAAUGAAAAAUCUUCAUAAUUUUUCUUCCUUAUCAUUCCAAACCUUUAACACUUUCUUACAAUGAAAGUGGAUGGGCACCAGGGGUUGUCAAGCUCCACAACGGACAAAAAAAAAAAUCAAAAAUCAAUGAACUAUGUUCAAAGUUUUUUUUUCAAAGUCAUAUAGUUUUGAGUGAGUAACAGGCAUUUAUAUCAUUCAUUAAAAAUCAUGCUUGACUGCUGUGGUCACCAUUCACGUUCAUUGUUUGUAAAAGUGGAACAUUCUACUAUUAUUAUGUCCUUUUCUACAGAAGAAAAAUUUUUUUUUUUAAGUUCUGGGUUUCAAAAGGCAUAAAAGUGAAUGUUCAUUUUUGGGUGAACUAUUGCUUUAACAUUGCAUUACCUUUUCAUUACAUUACAUUAAAUUACUUAUAAAAAGCUGCAGAGAUCCUCUGUGUCUAUCAGCCGAGUGUUUGCAAAGCAGUACUCUACUCAUAUUCCUCAAAUAUUCAGGCUCAGCCCCUAACUCUAAUAUUAAAGGUGCUGUAUGUAAAUGUUUGACUGUACUAAAGCAUAAAAAUAUAAUAUGUUUGCAGAGAUUUAGGAUACAUGCUAAGUUCACAUACUUGUUUCUCUGAAAAACAAUGCUACAUCCAGUUAUUCUAAAUGUGCUUUCCAUGUCAGAAUGUCUGUUUUUGUUUUGGUCUGUGUGAUCCUGCCCACUGCCAAUUUACCCAAUAGGAUUAUUUCGAUACCCCAGGUUGCCAGUUGGUGGAAAACACAGCGUACUACAGUAAUGGAAGCCAGCAAAUGAACUGGGUCAGAGAACGCAGAUUCUAUCCGACCUAAAAAGUCUCAGCAUCCAUCUAAAAAGCUUGUAUUAGGCAUUAAAUCAACUUACAGCAUAAGAUCAUCGCCUUCGUUUGUCAAUUGCACUUGUUCCUGUUGUGUGUCCUCAAUCUAGAUUGAGGAGGUGGUGGGGGGAAACAAUUCUCUUUGAAUUUGGACAACAGAACCCAUUUUAACCGCUAGCUGUCAAUAUUACAUACUGCACCUUUAAGCAUCUACAGUAUAGUUCAUUUAUCCCGAACCACGAAUUUCAUCGCUUGUGUUAGCUAUUUUUGUUAACUUCCUUCCAUAAAAAAACAAAAACAAAACAAAAUUAAGGUACAAGUUUGAAAAUCUCCCAUUACAUGGUGAUUGACUCCAUAUGAACUCAUCAUAACAUUUGCAUACUGAUUUGUGAUUGGUCUUCUAUCUGAAUGAAAAUUGAAUUGUGAUUGGUGCAUGCUUGCAUUCUUUCUUGCAUAUAUAAUCAUUCAGAGCAUUUACACUGUACAGUGUAUGUUUAUUCUUUCAAUAGUAAAGCAGGUCUUAUGUAGCAUUUCAUUUACACUGAACCAAGUCUGUGUUUAGAUUUUAGACAUUGGUUGUGUGAAAUAAAUUUUACAGAGACUAAGUAAAAGUGUAACCCUAUUCAGGGUUUCCACAGACACAGGGAAUUUGUGAUUUCCCUGAAAAGUCAUGUACAAUAUUGUUUGUUUUGUGCAAUCUCUAUAAAAUGACUUUUAUAAAUUCUUAAUCUAACAAUCAACAACUGGAGAAGUAAUGGAAAUUCAGUGAUUGAAGGGCGUGGGAACCAGUCUUUUAGGGCUUUCGCAUCGAAUAGUUCUAGGAGUUCAGUUAUAGAAACUAGCCACUAGGAUAGUUCCCCGGGAAUUAAUUUUUCCCCCGGACCAUGUUCCUGGUUGCAUUCGCACCGGUAAUAGGAACUCUGAAGCGGCCGACAGUGGCGCCUUUAAGCGCGGCAUGGAGGAUGCCGUGAUCAGAGCUAUGUUUGUUGUGUGUCGUGGGUUUCGUGAUAAUGGAGAUGGAAUGUAAACUUAUAAUCUACAUGACGGAAAAAGCAAAAAGUGGGGCUAAGACACAAUCUCCUAUGACAUCUUUCAGUAUUGCAUAUCAUCGAGAACACAACCCUGCAGACAACAGGUAAAUGCCGUAGUUUACAUGUUUACACAGCUUUUUAAAAAUGCCAGGUUCUGGUGUUUGACAUGCGUUUGAUCAAUCAACGUACACUUACAUAACUGAUUUUUCCUAUAGUGCUGGUUUAUGCUGCCUUCACGUGCUAUCGGAAAUUUAAUAAUUCGUCAUUACGAGCUCAUCGCAUUCAACUUUCGAAAUAGGAGGGCGCGUUCAUGUGCAAUUUGUACCUAGGAAACUCAUAUUUACGAUAAUUCAGAGAGCACAUGAAGGCAGCAUUAGACCCUAAUCUAAAGUUGGAGCUAAUUUAGUUCCCCCAAGUCCUAACUAAAAAUGUUCCUAGUUCCUGCGGUGCGAACAUGGCAAAAUCCAGGUACUUCAGCCAAUAGUUCUAGGAACUAUGAAAAGGUUCCUCCGGUGCGAAAGCCCCAGUGCUUUACAAACACUGCUUAUUUCUACAGGAAAUAAAAUACAAUGCAAAUCCCCUAGUGUCUUACAGAAAAAAAGUUCAGAUAAUGAACAAUAACAUCAAUAUUAAUGCAGAAAUAUCACAGAAUUAUUGAUGUAAUAUAACAGCAGCUCAAAGAAUAAAAAAAAAAUGUGGCUGGGCAAAAUGUAUCUGAACAAUGCAAGCAUGCACAGUUGGAUCCGCUUAAUGAUGUAUUACCAAGUAGUUUGUAAAUAGGAUGCUACAUUUUUUAGAUAUAGACUGUAUAUCAGCUAUAAAUCAUUUUCAGCUGUCAAAAACUAUAUUGCAGGUAAUAUUGUGGUAAUUGAGAAAAGGUAUCUUACCACUGAUUUCCAAUAAUAAAUACAUGGAGCUAACUUAUCAACAAACAAAAAUGCACUGUAUGAUAUGUUAAUGUAUGCUAUAUUGCAAAAUACUCCCACAAUUCAUUUGGCCUCUUCAGUGUUAGUAUUCUGGUAAAUCUGAUGGCAUUUAUUAAAUAUCUUGAACUCCUAUGCUCACAAGAGAAUAAAAAAUAGUAACAAUAUCUUAACAGAAUAAUAUACACCCAAGUUGGGUUUAAUCUUUUACACUCUGUUAAAAGAAAAGAAAAAAAGAGUUGUGCUCUCCAUGUAAUAUCAAACAGUAGGAUGUGUUCUCUGUACAUAUGAUGUAUACUUCCUAAUGUGACGUCAUUGGUGCUAGUACACUAGUAAAUCUUGAAAAUCCAUUUCAGUCCAAGAUGAGGUCGUGUCUCGACCAUGUUUUAAUCUUGAUCAAAUGGAGAGAGUUAGAAUAGGGGUUUAAUGUGUCAUUUUUGGCCCUUUCCCAGCUAACAAAAUAUGUUCUAGGAACAAUUUGCUAACUUUCCCAUUAAGUUCUUGUUUAAAACGUCUAUUUUUUUAAUGUUUUUGUUUGUUUGUUUUUUAAAAUUCCUGGUUACACGAGCAUUAGAGAAAAUAUUGAAUGUUAACUUUAUUUGAUCAUUUUGCAAGUAUUACGUUUUGAAUGUUCUCUGAACCAUCUGAAAAAGUACUAAGUAGUAAAUAAUGUAUAAAUAGCAUUGUUUUGGUGCAAAUGUUUUCAUAAUGUUAUUAAAGACCAGAUAACUUUGUACAAACAUUCUAUUAACGUUCUUUUUGUUUAUAACUUUGAGAGAACGUUAGCCAAAGUUCUAAGAACAGUCCCUGUUAGCUGGGUUGUUUGAUUACCAUUAUAGGCUUAAUAGUUCAGCUAAUUGUAAAUGUUGUAUGUUACUCACUCACUAGACUCACAGAAUGUCAUUUUUAGUCUCUCACUAGUAUCUGCAUUCAUCAUAUAAAAUUAAGUGUUAUAACACAGUCAUAAUCCAAGGAACUAUUCUUUAUUACAGAUCUAACAAACCAAAGUAUUUUGUUUAUCCACUUUAUUAGUACUUUCAUACCUCUUUUACACAACAUCUGUAUAUUUUCUGCUCUUGUUCACUCUGUCACAUAUUGUUUAAUUGUGAUCUUAAGCAUGUUGCUGUUACUUCAGUUUCCAUUAGAUGGGGAUCAAAGAAAUUGGUGUAACAUUGUAAUAACACAUUCUCAUUGUGUUUGACGUGCAUUGAAGUGUAUUUUAGGUGCUGAAUGGUCUUAUUAAACCACUUUUAUGCACCAACAA